UUUGGACCCAGAGCAGAGGCCGGCGAGCUGCGAACUGGCGGGCUGCGGGUGGCUGCGGACCGCACCGCGGGGAGGCGGAAAGUUUCUCCGCCCGCCUCGUCCUGCGAGCCGGCGUCGCCCGCUGCGGGCCCUGCCCGGCCGAGCAGUUCCGCAAAAAGAGAGGAUCGCACAGCAAAAUACAGUGGAAACAAAACCCCAAGCCAGCCGCGAGGCGCAGGGGGCAGGUACUCACAAAUCCAAGCUCCAGAAGGAACCCACGUCGUGGUCAGAAAUAGACCGGAGGGGACUGCGCGGGCUGUGCAGGGCUGAGGGGAGAUCGUGUUCUGUGCCCUGUCUGUCCAGUGCUGCUCAGUCGCUCCCAUUACCCCAGAACUCAGAGUGGACGGUCCAUGGCUGUCUGAGCUCUGUGAGGGAUUUGCUAUGACCACAGUCUCCUUGGAAAGCCAGGUCUGCCCCUCGCUGCCACAGCCACCCCCGGCCCCCGCCUCUUGGUCCCUGUGUUGUUGUCACCAUGGGCAGUGUCAGCAGCCUCAUCUCCGGCCACGGCUUCCACAGCAAACACUGCCGGGCCUCGCAGUACAAGCUGCGCAAGCCCUCCCACCUCAAGAAGCUCAACCGCUAUUCGGAUGGGCUGCUGAGGUUCGGCUUCUCCCAGGACUCUGGUCAUGGCAAGUCCAGCUCCAAAAUGGGCAAGAGCGAAGACUUCUUCUACAUCAAGGUCAGCCAGAAGGGCCGGGGCUCCCACCGCCCGGACUACACGGCACUGUCCAGUGGGGACGUAGGGGGCCCGGCCGGGGUGGACUUUGACCCGUCUACUCCACCCAAGCUCAUGCCCUUCUCCAGCCAGCUGGACAUGGGCUCAGAGAAGGGCCCGGUGAGGCCCACAGCCUUCAAGCCGGUGCUGCCGCGGUCCGGAGCUGUCCUGCACUCUUCCCCAGACAGUGCCAGCCACCAGCUGCACCCAGCCCCUCCAGACAAGUCCAAGGAUCCGGAGGUGAAACCGGGCCUGUGCUCCGGGGCACUGUCUGACUCUGGCCGCAAUUCCAUGUCCAGCCUGCCCACGCACAGCACCAGCAGCAGCUACCAGCUGGACCCGCUGGUCACACCCGUGGGGCCUGCCAGCCGUUUCGGAGGCUCAGCCCACAACAUCAUGCAGGGCAUCCUCCUGCAGGACAGCAACAUGACCAGCCUGAAGACCCUGUCCUUCUCUGAUGGGGGCAGCAAGCUGGCGCAUGCAGGCAAGGUGGACAAGGGCGCCUCGUGCGUGCGCUCCCCCAUCUCCACGGACGAGUGUGCCGUCCAGGAGCUGGAGCAGCAGCUGCUGCAGAGGGGGAGCGAGCUGCAGAAGCUGCAGCGGAGCUUUGAGGAGAAGGAGUUCACCUCCAGCCAGGCCUUCGAGGACCGGGCACGGCGCAGCCGGGACGAGGUGGACGGCGUGGAGCCCAAAGGUGGUGGCGGGAAGCUGAAGCAGGCAGCGUCACAGAAGAGCCAGCGCACACAGCAGGUCCUGCACCUGCAAGUGCUCCAGCUGCAGCAGGAAAAGCGACAGCUGCGUCAGGAGCUCGAGAGCCUCAUGAAGGAGCAGGACCUGCUGGAGACCAAGCUGCGGUCAUACGAGCGGGAGAAGACCAACUUUGCUCCGGCACUGGAGGAGACCCAGUGGGAGGUGUGCCAGAAGUCAGGCGAGAUCUCGCUCUUGAAGCAGCAGCUCAAGGAGUCCCAGGCCGAGGUGAACGCCAAGGCCAGCGAGAUCCUCAGUCUGAAGGCGCAGCUGAAGGACACCCGGGGCAAGCUGGAGGGCAUGGAGCUGAGGACGCAGGACCUGGAGAGUGCCCUGCGCACCAAGGGCCUGGAGCUGGAGGUGUGUGAGAACGAGCUGCAGCGCAAGAAGAACGAGGCGGAGCUGCUGCGGGAGAAGGUGAACCUCCUGGAGCAAGAGCUGCUGGAGCUGCGGGCCCAGGCUACCCUGCAGCGGGAGGGCGCAGCCCUGGGGCCCAGGCUGGGAGCUGCACCCACCUUCUCAGAGGACAUCCCCGCCCUGCAGAGGGAGCUGGAGCAGCUGCGGGCGGAGCUGAAGGAGGAGCGGCAAGGCCACGACCAGAUGUCCUCCGGCUUCCAGCAGGAGCGGCUGGUGUGGAGGGAGGAGAAGGAGAAGGUGAUCCAGUACCAGAAGCAGCUGCAGCAGAGCUACCUGGCCAUGUACCAGCGCAACCAGCGCCUGGAGAAGGCCCUGCAGCAGCUGGCCCGCGGGGAAGGGGCCGGGGAGCCCUUUGAGAUUGACCUGGAAGGGGCCGACAUCCCCUACGAGGACAUCAUAGCCACGGAGAUCUGAGGGGCCACCUGGGGGAGGGGGGCUGGGGACCUGGUGGCGGGGGCUGGGCUGAGUCUUCCCGAGGAGGCCCCCGUGCCAUCUGCCCUGCACAGCAGCUCCGGCCUCCCGAGCUCAGCCCUCCCGAGCUCAGCCCCUGGAGCUGCUUGUGGGCAGGGGUCACUACAUCGCCUCCUUCCUCUGACCCCUCCUCCCCAACUCUACAGAGCACGGGACUUUGGGCUCUACUCCCCAGCUCUCCCCGAGAUGGGACGGCACAGGGUCCCUGUGGUCGGUUAAGGGCUCCCUGAACCUUGGCCUCUGCUCAAGUGAGAGAGACCCUCUGCCGUGAAACCGAGUGCCUGCCCUGAAGGCCAAAAGGCCACACCAAGGACAGAAGCUCCCUUCUGCGUCACUUCCCCAAACCCCCGACCCGGACACUUCAGGAUGCCUUGGGAAUAGAAAGAAGCCAUGUGUGCCCAGAAGCCUUGAUCUGUCCUCACGACCUGAGCCCUUCUCCUCUGGCCUCGGAGGUGUAGGGGUCGGGAUGGGGCUCGGGGAGCGGCUGGGGUACAGCGGGGCUGAGGAAUGAGGACCGGCAGCAGAUUAGUGGGGUCUGACAUCUAACUGAGCUGUGCAGCCCCUGAACAUCUGGUGACAUUUGCCUCGGUGACCACCCCUCUCAAAGCCAUAGACACAGAGGCUCUGGGUGGGGUGCCGGGACAGGGACACUGAGGCCUGGCCUUCCAGCUGCCCCAGGGAGCCUCCUGCAUGUGCCAGCUAGGGCUGAGGGUGCCUUGUGAUCUGGGAAUCUCGCCCCUCACCUGUGGCCCAAGUCAGCGUCCUCUCCUCCCCACAACAUCUUCAGCACUCAGUUCUGGGUCUGCCCAGGUCGGGACGGGCGCCCAGCGUCCUUGGGUGUGUGGGGUGCACACACAGCCUUAUGGACAGCCGGGGCUAUCACUGCCCUCCCGCUACCUCUCGCCCUCAGGAGCCGUGGGCUGUGAGUCCCUGCCAAGAGCAGUGGCCGUCCAGGGACACAGCCAGUGCCUGUGGAAGGUUAGGCUUUCUCUUGAAAUGUCCAGAGCAAGGGGGGAAGAACAGCAGUUUCUCAGUUGCUUGGUUCAGGGAAUUUUCUUUCUUUCUUUUCUGGUCUUCUCAGAAGCAAGCCAGAUCUAGCAGGCAGCCAGGCUGCUCCGAGUUAUAUUUUUGACAUAGCUGCAGCUGCCGUUGGCAGGACAGCCAGCCCUUGCUGGAUUCCUGCUCCUCACGCCUGCCUGCUGAGAGGGCCCAGGGUGGAGGAGAGACAGAUGCACCAGAGUCUAGGUACUUGGUGGUCCGAGAACAGUCCCCGGUCCUGGCUUCUUUCCGCAAGCUGAUCCCAGAGGCCGGGCAGGAAUGGGGCUCGAACUCGCAUCCAGCCCUACCCUGAGUGGGGCACCAUCCUUAAGGCCCGAGUCACCUGUUCCCUGGCUCAGGCCGUGCCUGUCCUGCUGUGCUCCCAGGACAGGGGCAUCCCCUGGAGUCUCAAUCCACUGUUCUUAGUCACAGGUUGCUUUGAAACCUGGAAUGGCCAGGCUCAAGGGCCCCUCCGUGUCCCCUCCACUGGGGACGCUGCAGACCUGGAUCAGACAUGCCCUGUACCUUGUUUGAGUCGAUCCCAUGGAGAGUGAGAAUGGAGCCAGCUGCUCUUCCUUGGCCUGAGGCCCCCUGCCCCCAGGUGUACCCUGGGCAGGGCAGGGCAGACAUCAGACACACUCACUGGGAGCUAGGCCUUCCCUUUCCAUGGCCCUGUGGCCCCUGCCCAUCUCAGACAUCCACCUGCCCGGGCCAUGCCCCCCCCCCACCCCGGCCGAGGUGGCACCAGAAUGCAAGGGUGCUGCCCCUCACCUUCCUGUGUGUUUCCUUCCUUCCUUGCCAUCGGAAAGCACCCUCGCUAUUACUGGACCUGUGCACCAAACCCAGCCUCUGAAGGGAGGCUGUGGGCAGCAGAGGCCAAGCAGGGCCUGGGGAGGCUGAGCUCAGCAAGGCGGCCUGGGGGUGCUUGCUCACUUAGACCUAUACUGUCUGCUCCCCAAAAGGUCUGGGCCUGAUGGUGCUCUGGUCUCCGCAGAGAGCAUCAGCACCCCCUCUCCACGGAGGGGGUCACUUUGGGUAUCAGGGCUACCAAACCCCACGGGCACCUCCUGGGUGUGUUCUGUGAGCUCCAGCCAGGUGCACUUAGCCCCCAUGGCACUGAGCGAGGGUGGGGGCCAGCGAUUGGCAGAUCUCCCCAGAAGGCAUCCACUGAGCUGUGUCCCUGACCCCAGCCAGGGCCAUCUCAGGUGACAGCGCUGCCCAAGGAGAAGCCAGGCUGGGCCAUGGGAGCAGCAGCCUCCGGCCGGGGGUUCCCUGUGGCCCUGCCCUCCCAAAGGCCAUGGCACCUGCCCUCUGUGCUGUCUCUGGCAAAGCUGGAGCCUGGCAGAAGCUGGCUUUGGGUGCCUGGCCCUUUGAAGACGCUGUACAUAGUUAUUUUUCUCUGUUUCUGGUUUGCUUUGCAUUGCUUUCGGUGACUUCUUAUUUUAUUUUUGAUGUCACUUUUUGGUCAUGUAAACUAUUUCUGGUAAUUCUGUGAUUUAUUUAUGAAUAAAGAAUGCCAUUUCUCAUGCCUUU